AUGCCCCAGGGUGAGAUGAAGGAGCAGGAGGUCCCCGAUGCCCACUUCACCGUGGACAAACAGAACAUCUCCCUUUGGCCCCGAGAUCUUCCUUCCAAGCCAGAUCUGUCUCCAGGUCUGAGGAAACCUCUCACCGCUCGUGUGGCCUUCAUCUGCCUGUCGCUGGUUCUGGUCACCUCCAUUGUGCUUCAGGCUGUUUUCUAUCCUUGGUUGUUGGGCAAAAUAUCAGAUGUGAAGAGAGAUGCCCAAGUGUUGAGAGGUCAUGUGGACAACUUCAGCAACCUGAGUUCUGACCUCCUGAGUAAAAGUGGCCGUGUGCAGGUGGCUGAAGUUCAGAUCCAGAUGGUGAAUGCCAGCCUCAACCGGGUGCAAUCUCAGAUUCUGUCCCUAGGGGCCAUCGUUGAGAGGGCCAGUGCUCAGAUUCAGGGCUUAACAAGAAAUUGGGAAGAGGUUGAUCAUCUCAAUGCUCAAAUCCCAGAGGUAAAAAGAGAUCUGGACAAAGCCAGCGCCUUGAAUGCAAAGGUCAGAGGACUGCAAAGCAGUUUGGAGAACCUCAGCAAGCUGCUCAAAGGACAAAAUGACAUUCUUCGGAUGGUGUCUCAAGGCUGGAAGUACUUCAAGGAGAACUUCUAUUACUUUUCACACACCCCAAAGACCUGGUACAGUGCUGAGCAGUUCUGCAUAUCUAGGAAAGCUCAUCUGACCUCUGUGACCUCAGAGUCAGAGCAGGAGUUUCUUUACAAAACUACGGAUGGGCUUCCACACUGGAUAGGCCUGACCAAAGCGGGCAGUGAAGGGAACUGGUACUGGGUGGAUGAGACACCAUUCAACAAACAGCAAAGUGGGAGGUUCUGGAUUCCAGGUGAGCCCAACAAUGUGGGGAAUAAUGAACAUUGUGUCAAUAUCAGAGUGUCUUCUCUCCAGUCCUGGAAUGACGCAUCCUGCGACGACAAGCUCCUUUUCAUCUGUAAGCAGCCCUACACCCACUCAGAUCUGUGA